AUAUUUACUAUCAAAACAUUAUAUGCAUGGGACGUGUUUUGUGCUUGGCAGUCGUAUUUUUAUAAGAUUUAACAUGUUACCUUUACACUUAAAGUGUAUUCUGGCAUUAUGAACGGCGCUGCUCCCUAUGUAGGAGAGAUGUGGGGGGCGGGGGGAGUGAACUUCAAGCUUCAAGCUGCUGAGACAAUCAAAGCGCAGGCGCCAACCCGUGGGUAUCAUCGCAUACGCGCAUAAAUGUUGCUUGGUACAGAAAGGCAGGCUGGGCAACUGGGAAGGUGACUGUCAAGAGCAGCGGAAAUGCGUUGCCAAGAUAAUCGAGCCUGGCAAAAAAAAUCCGACAUGGAGUGUGGUUAACCAUCCAGCAGCGCCAGCACAGUUUCAUGGAUGCAUGUCUCCCCCCUGCCUCAACACUCCUCUCUGUAGGUCGCAGCAUCUUUCGGAUCCUAAUGGCUUUUCUCAUCUGACGCGCGAGGAUUUUUGGACAACACCUCGACAGAUUUUGUAUUUAUUCUAGCAUCGAACAUAAAACAUAAACAUGAUUUUAAAAUCAUUUCAUAAGCGGAAAAGACUGGAACAUACAUGCGCAGGAGUGCUAUGGUUGCAUACUUCGCUUUGGAUUUUAUGUGCCGUGUCCGGAGACGAGCAUCGCUUCAGCGUGGAGGCUUGGCUGCAGAAGUAUGGCUAUCUCCCGCACACAGAACCUGGAAUGGCUGUUUUGCGCUCAGCACAGACCAUGCAUUCAGCCAUUGCUGCCAUGCAACGCCUUUAUGGCCUUAAUAUCACAGGGACACUGAACAGAAACACCAUAAGCUGGAUGAGGAAACCCCGGUGCGGAGUCUCAGAUCCACUUAGCGACGUGUCCAGUUCCGGCUCCCGGCCCCGCAAACGGCGCUACGCCCUCACGGGCCAGAAGUGGCAGCGCACGCACAUCACAUACAGCUUAAAGAAUUUCACACCCAAGGUGGGAAACCAUGAGACCCACGCUGCCAUCCGCCGGGCGUUUGACGUGUGGCAGGGUGUGACGCCGCUGCGCUUUGAGGCUGUGCCGUACAGCGCGCUGGAGAGCGGCAAGCGUGAGGUGGACAUCACCAUCAUCUUCGCUUCAGGUUUCCAUGGCGACAGCUCCCCUUUUGAUGGUGAGGGGGGCUUCCUGGCGCACGCCUACUUCCCAGGCCCUGGCAUAGGCGGGGACACCCACUUUGACUCGGACGAGCCCUGGACCCUUGGCAACCCUAACCAUGAUGGCAAUGAUCUCUUCCUUGUGGCGGUGCACGAGCUGGGCCAUGCUCUUGGACUGGAACAUUCCAAUGACCCCACAGCCAUUAUGGCCCCCUUCUACCAGUACAUGGACACAGAGAGCUUCAAGCUACCGCAUGACGAUCUGCAAGGCAUUCAGAAGAUCUAUGGCCCUCCAGACAGGAGCCCCCAGCCCACCAGGCUGCUGACGACAGCUGCGCCCCCACGCCUGCAGCAGCCACCCUCCGACCCCCGCAAGCACGACCGCCAGAGCCGACCACACCGGCCUCCGCAGAAGACAAAGACCACUAACCAAAACUCCAAACCCAAUAUCUGCGACGGCGGAUUUAACACACUGGCCAUCCUGCGAAAGGAGUUGUUUGUAUUUAAGGACCAGUGGUUUUGGAGGGUGCGAGAUAAUUCUGUGGUGCCGGGGUAUCCGAUGCAAAUCAAUUACUUCUGGAGAGGGCUGCCUUCUAAGAUUGAUGCAGUCUAUGAGAACAGCGAAGGGAAAUUUGUGUUCUUCAAAGGGAACCGGUUCUGGGUGUUCAAAGACACGACCCUGCAGCCUACAUAUCCUAAGGAUAUUUCACUGUUUGGUACUGGGAUGCCCACUCAGAGCAUUGAGACGGCUGUCUGGUGGGAGGGUGCUGCAAAGACAUACUUCUUUAAAGGGGACAGAUACUGGAGGUAUAAUGAGGAUUUGAGGACCAUGGACCCUGGGUACCCCAAACCCAUUUCUGUUUGGAAGGGUAUCCCAGAAUCCCCGCAGGGGGCUUUCGUGGACAAAGCUAAUGCUUUAUCUGCAGGAUAUACAUAUUUCUAUAAGGGGAAGGAAUAUUGGAAGUUCAGCAAUGAGAGACUGCGGGUGGAGCCGGGAUAUCCACGCUCCAUCUUGCGGGACUUUAUGGGCUGCGACCACAUCCCCAUAGACCCGGACAAGGACGCGGACUGGGCUCAGCCGGAGGAGCACCAGUACGACCCGGAGGACGUGGACAUCAUCAUCAAGUUGGAGAGCACCGGUGGCACGGAGAAGGCCGUGGCCAUCGCCAUCCCCUGCAUCCUGGCCCUGUGCAUGAUGGUCCUGCUGUACACGGUGUUCCGCUUCAAGAGGAAGGACACCCAGCGCCACAUACUGUACUGCAAACGCUCCAUGCAGGAGUGGGUGUGAGCGAGCGGGAUGGCAGCGCUGGUGCACGCGCGCGUGGAGGAGCAGAGUGCCCCCUCCCCCACCCUCAAUCCC